GGAGACUGGGAUACUGCCGCAUCCAAAUGAACCUUACCUCUCUCUGCGGUCGCUAACAGUAAAACAAAGGAGAACAAAUCGGUAGUUGCAGAAAAUAAACUCAUAUCCAGUCAUAUCAUGACGGAGAACACUAAAACGCACGUUAUAUUGCUGUCAUGUGGAAGUUUUAACCCCAUCACUAAAGGACACAUUCAUAUGUUUGAGAAAGCCAGAGAAUACCUGCACAAAACAGGGAAGUUCAUUGUGAUUGGGGGCAUCAUCUCUCCUGUACAUGACUCCUAUGGAAAACCGGGUCUGGUCCCCAGCAGACAUCGUCUCACCAUGUGUCAACUGGCAGUCCAGUCCUCUGACUGGAUCAGAGUGGAUCCCUGGGAGUGCUACCAGGACACAUGGCAGACUACGUGCAGUGUGCUGGAACAUCAUCGUGACCUCAUGAAGAGAGUCACAGGGUGUAUUCUAUCCAAUGUGAACACACCGUCCACAACUCCAGUGAUCGGCCAACCACAGAAUAAGACUCAGACUGCCAUCUAUCAGAACCACAACACAAUAAACAACAAGCCCAUUGCCAUUAAGCUGUGGGGGAAGAUGAGUGAGAGCUUGGGCAAAAUUUGCUGUGUUCGCCCCCACAUUGACCGUUUCACCUUUGUAGAUGAAAAUGCCAACCUUGGCACUGCAAUGCGAUAUGAGGAAAUUGAGUUGCGCAUCUUGCUCCUAUGUGGCAGUGAUCUUCUGGAGUCAUUCUGCAUCCCUGGCCUAUGGAAAGACAGUGAUAUGGAGGUGAUUGUGGGAGACUUUGGGAUUGUUGUUGUGCCUCGGGACGGAGUUGAUACAGAGAGGAUAAUGAACCAUUCCUCUGUGCUGCGCAAGUACAAGGAUAACAUCACUGUAGUAAAAGACGAUGCCAACCACCCAAUGUCCAUUGUCAGUUCAACCAAGAGCAGACUGGCCCUGCAGCACGGUGACGGCCAUGUGGUGGACUACCUGAACCAGCCAGUCAUCGACUACAUCCUGCAGAGUCAGCUCUACAUCAAUGCUUCUGGAUAGGAACUACUGCUUUGGCCUGCUGGCAUAUUGUCCCAGUCUGUCUUUCAUGUGAAACGUAUACUCCUCUUGAGCUAGUGCUUUUCCAUUUAAAGAUAUCCAUGUCCCUUCUUACUGUAUCAUAGUGACCCAUCUGACCUGUGGAUGUACAGCGAGGUGCCUGAGAGCUGUGUGUACGUGUGGACCACCUUCACAACUGACUUUGUGUAAGCUGCGCCGGCCGGGUGGGAUAGAGAGGGGGAUGGGGUUUUGGGUUGUGUCCCAAGUAGCAUAAUUUUCCCUAUUGUGCACUACUUUAGACCUUGCCAACAAUAGUGCACUUUAUAGGGAAUAGGGUGAAAUUUAGGAUGCAGCCUUGACAUCAUGAAGAGAGUGUGCAGAGAUUGUAACCUAUUGCAUUUAGGCCUUUGCUGUUGAUUUAAAUCUCUCCGUUUUUAGACUGCAUGCUUAGAAAGUUUCUGUUCUGACAUGAGUACUUACUCAUGUCGUAGAUAUGAUAUGUUGUGAAAGUGUUUGCAAAAAAACGAACAUAUAGUGGGUACCCACCCCUCACUUCAUUUUCUAUUCACUCUAAAUCUACUGUAUGUACAGAAGUAUCUGUAUUGAUGUAUCUGCGAUUGCAUAUCAAUGCCUAAAUGUUUGGUCUUCAGUGGGCAUUCAUGCAAAAUGUACAUCUGUUUGCACAUAAGAGAAUGAUUUGUACAUUGAUUUCUUUUUGUGUGCAAAGGAUUUUACAAGUUUCUUCUGCUUGCCACUGGGAAAAUGACCACGACUCCCAAAACAAAUGCAAUUAACCUGUUUCUUACUUUGUGCUAUGUAGCUAGCUGCUCAAGAUUCUUUUAAAUAUUGAGGAAAAAAACAACCGCACAAACUACAGAACUGCAUUUCAUGUGCCAUGGGGAUGAAUUCACAUAUGCAAGUCUCUCCCUCUCCUUGCACUUAACACUCUGUCAUAAUAACAUCAAUCUGAAAUAAAUGUGCUCUAAUGUUGUACUGCAAAGGAAGUGGGGAUAUAGCCUUUGAUCAGUAGUUUCUUACUAAAACUUCUCAUGGUCAGGGCCAAGACACUUUAGACAGUUUGGUUUAAUGAGCAUUGAGUGUAACCCUUGCUUUAUACAGUCUUACUGCAAGGAAGGGUAAAUGAGUGUAUAUGUGCACAUUUUGGUUUAAUAAGUGGUUUUAAUUGUGACCAAAGCAUCUUGCAUACAUAUUUACAGUAGCUUUGUAUGUGUAAAUUUGGCUAAGAUUAUUAGGUUAUUCAAUUUUAAUAGCAAGGAAGCAAAAGCAAAAUACAUUCCACUAUUUCCGGAAAUGUCAUGGUUCAUGAUUUUUAAGAAAUAGACACACAAGUGCUAGUUGUCCAUAUAGUAAUGUCAUUCUCCAGCCUUGUGGAGAGCAUAGAAGCCUGACAUGAUGCAAGACUAUCAAUAGACAAUUUUCAAGUCGUGUCGAAAGUAAUAUUACAUUUUAUCUGGAAUGGCCAGAAAACGUUAAAACAGGCAUAUUUACAUAACGAACAUGAGUUGGAGGGUUAAAACUAUUGAAUAUUAAAGAAUUAAACCUCUCACUUAAAAAGACUGAAAAUGAUAUCUAAAUCCAAACUGUUUUUUGAGCAGGCUACAUUUGACAAUGGAACCCUGUUUAAAGGCAUACAGAGUUGGUUACAAUUCCAAUUUCAUCCUCCAGAAGAGGCAGAACAAAUAUUACAGAAAAUAAUAUGGCUAAACUCCAGUGUACUGAUAGAGGAAAGACAAUGUUUAUGAAUGACAUUGUAAAUAAGGACAGUCAAAUUUUGUCACACAAGCAAGUAAUUAACAAAGGUGUAUGGAGAUGUAUGCUCAAUACAAAA